GGCCCUUUUUUGGUGGUGGGGGGAGCGGAGGGGGGGGGCGGCGCUCGGAAGGCCAUUGUUCUUCCAUUUGGAAGAGAUUGGGAUGCCCAUGAAUGAAAAUGCAUAAACGUAAAGUUGGUGGGCCAGACGACGAGGACAACAAUGAUGAUGAUGAUGAUGAUGAUGAUGAUGAUGAUGAUGAUUAUUACGUCACGUUUCUAAUUAGUCGUAGUACAGAAAUGUCGGUUGAAAGGAUGAUGACGGUCAAUGUUGGGAGUUGUAGGAGGUGGAGAGGAGGUGGGAGAGGUGGGAGGCAAAUGGCUAUGGAAACCAAAGCAGUGCUCUUGCUGGGUGCUGCGACUUUGAUCCUUCUGCAUUCAUUAGAGAAGGGUCGGUCUUGGGAGCCGCAGACUUUCGACGUAAAGACAUCAGAUGUGCACAAGUCGCGCACCUCUGAUGCUGGUGUCAUCCCAAGCAGAAGUUCAUUCAGUAGCUUGUCGACUUCCACAUCGUUUGCCUCAAUCAUCAAGCGGCCUCUAGAAAGUCGAUCGAAGGGUGGUAGCAGGGGUAGGAAAGAGAGGGUAGGUGUGUGGGAGAAGAGAGAGGUAGUUGGAAAGGCAGGUGAGGAAGAGGAUAAUGGAGACGAAGAGGAGGGGGAGGAGGAGGAGGAGGAGGACGAGGAGGGAGAGGAAGACGAGGACGACAUGGAAGCCGAAGAGUACGAAGAUUCCUCCUCGUCCUCCUCCUCCUCCUCCUCCUCCUCCUCCGAUGGUGGAAACUUUGUUAAGGCUCGACGUCCUCAAGAGAGAAGCCACGGGUUGAUUACCACUCCCCUCCCUUUUCAAUCUGGGAGCGGCUUCGAUUCAUCGUCUAUGUCCUUGACUGACUCACGAUUGGCAAACAAGAACCUUUCCUCCUCCUCCUCCUCCUCCUCCUCCUCCUCCUCCUCCUUCUCCUCAUUCUCGUCGUCGUCUCUCUCGACGUUUGGUCGUUUGCCCGCAAGGAGGGAGGUGCUCCCAUCAGUUGAAGGGCUGUCGAUCAGGAUUGUGCACUCUUCAAUGAGGACCACGGAUUUGUUUGCCCAUCAAGGAAACCUGCACCGUCUGUUUCCCAACAUAACUCCCCAAGUGCUUCUGAAGAGCAAUCAAUCGUUCCCGCGCGCUGACAUGUCGGUCCUGCGUACGUACCAUUUCGACACCUGUGCUGUGGUGGGCAACAGCGGCAGCUUGCUCAACUCCUCCUUCGGCGAAGCCAUCGACUCUCACGACACUGUGUUUCGAAUCAAUCAAGCUCCGUCGGGUAGGUACCAGAGACACGUGGGACAGAAAACGACAAUGCGACUAAUCAAUACAAGAUGGACAAACAAGUACGCCGACGUCAGGUUCGUGGAAGAAGGUUUGCCUCUGGAGAGAGACGUCACUCUUAUUGUCACUCGAGCUAAAGCCCGCGCCUUUGAUCAGCUUCUCAGGUACCUGCAGUCCACUAGAUCUGACGUCCGAGCUCUCUACCUGUCAUCUAGAGUCAUCAGUGCCGCUCGCAGACUGCUGGUUGCUUAUCGCCUUCGCCUUGAUGAGGCAGGCCACGGUCCUUUCUUCGGAGGAAACACACCUUCCUCAGGCUACGCUGCUCUGUUCCUUGCUCUGCAACUGUGCAAGCAUGUCUCUGUGUACGGCUUCGGCUUGACGUCUCCGGACGGCUCUUUUCAGCAGUACCAUUAUUUUCGACUCUUUACCAACGGUCGGAAGAAGAACAGCAUGAACAGGACACAUUCAUUCGAUGUGGAAAGAGAACUCAUACGUGCGUUGCACCUAGCCGGUUUCCUGGAGUUCUGUGAAUUCCAUCCGAUUGACAACAACCACAACCAGAACUGUGGUCGAAAACGGAAACGCGAUUCCGAUGCAUCCUCCUCCUCCUCCUCCUCCGAUUAUUCCUCAACGUCGGGCGUAAGGAAUAGCACAGCAGAAGAGAAAGAGAAGGUUGCUGCUGCAGACCUCGUGCUCGCAGGAGGGAAAGGCGAUCGAUCACAGCUCAUGGAGACGAUCUCUCAAGUCACUGACUCUCGCGGUUCUGCCGUUGCCACUAUUCACAAGAAGACAUUGGAAUCGCUGUGGGCUAGCGUCGCCGGCACGGAGCUCGGCUGUGGCGCCCAGUGCCAUGUCAGCAGUGCCACGUCAGCAACAGUGCCACAUCAGCAGUGCCACGUCAGCCACAGUGCCACGUCACCCACAGUGCCACGUCAGCAGUGCCACAUCAGCAGUGCCACGUCAACAACAGUGCCACGUCAGCAGUGCCAUGUCAGCAACAGUGCCACGUCAGCAGUGCCAUGUCAGCAGUGCCAUGUCAGCAGUGCCACGGCAACAGUGCCACGUCAGCAGUGCCCCGCCACCAUGACGGGCGCAGCUCUGGGCAUGCCAGGCCAACUGGCCAACGAGUCUAUUGCCGACUACAAACAGCGGUUCCAGACUCAGCUCGCAUUGAUCGAGGCUGAGGAACAACGCCAGCAGGCAGCCGAGGCUGCCCGCUUACAGGCUGAACCAGCGGCAACAGCUGAGAAGCAGCGGCUACAGGCCGAAGCAGAUGCAAAUACCCAGGCACGCCGUAAGGAAGCACAGGUUCUGCUGCAGUGGCAUGAAGCCGCCAGAAUCGAAAGACUCAAGUUCUGGCACUUUCAACCGUCCAACGGCGACGACGCGACACCGGAGGAGCAGCACAAGGAGUUCCUCUCCAAACUCAGCCACGAGGAUGCUACACGGGCACUCUAUUCCCGUGUACUGGACCUGGAGCAAGCUGUACCAGGACCAGAUGCAGGUUCGUCCAGCAGUGCACCCUCUAACCGCCAACUGGAGGAACGCGUUGACCACGUAGUGGCAAUGCUAGGAGACAUCAGUGUCUUCACAGAGCCGGCCACCAUCAGCCAGCGGUUCGAUGUGCUGGACACCAAGAUCAGUCAGCAACAGCAGACUGACCACAGCCACAACAACAGCUCGGCGAGGCCUUACAAGAUGCCGACGUUCCGGAUCGAGAAAUUUGAUGACUACACACAUCAAGACCCGGUCGUCUGGUGGCAAGGAUUUACAACGGAGUUGGGGAUUCACGAGGUUCCCGACCAUCUGUUCAUCAGCGCUCUGUUCAUCAACACGAAGGGAGGAUGUCAGAUCUGGCUCAGCCACAUGGCAACCAUCCACGGCGUCCAGGUUUCAGACCUGUACUCCUGGGAGGAUAUGACAAAGGAAUGGAAGAAGCGGUUCAUCGUCGACCACGCCCCGACACUCGCCAUCAACCGCAUCUUCACGAUGGCUCAAGGGAGCACACCGACACGUGACUGGCUCACGGAUUGGCAGAAGAUCGUGGCCACGCCCGAUCUGGACUUGCCAUUCUCGCAUCUGCGCCGUGAGUUUUUUAACAGGUCAUGCGCUGCUCUCAGCCUCGCACUUGGUGAUCGCGUGCAGUACAACACUCUCGCAGAGCUCAUCAACAAGGCGAGAGAGAUCAUCAAGAUCAACUGUCCAGCUGCACACGAGAAGUCAACGUGGCAGCCAACCUAUGUGGAGAAGGUGAGAACUGGUCCGCGACAGCAGCAGUUCGCUGCAGUCCAAUCGGACAACACUGUGGAAGACCCGGCAGCCACCCAAACGUCACGUGAGGGAGAUCAGGUGGCUGAUGUCCAGCCGCGAAGCAACAACAGGCCCCGAGUGAACGGGAAGGCGAAACCAGCAUCGCAGGCCGAAACGGACAGCCAGCACCAUGGGUCAACUUCGCCGCCAUCUACCGCCGGGGAUUCAACGUCAUGGUCAAAACUAGAAGAGCUCGACCCGUUGACAUUUGUGGACUUCCAAUGGAUGCCCCUUCCCCGGUCCGGUCGAUUGCCGAAACCGCAUUGCAACGUGCUCAAGGCACAAUUGUGGGAUUACUUAUACACUGCAGUACCAACUCCGUUGAUGGACGUCGGAGUAGAGGUUGUCGACCUUCACGCCUACAUUGCGAAGAUCGACUGCGAGUUCAAGACGCGACGCCAAGUACAAAGCCAACCGCGACAAAUGCGAAUUCGCGCGGAGUAUUUGGGACAUUAUGUGACGCCGCAAGGCAUCCGUCCGCUUGCGGACAAGAUCGAGGCCCUCCGUGUAUGGCCCGAGCCCACCAACACCACGGACGUUCGUUCAUUCAUGGGGUUGGCGGGCUACUAUCAGCGAUUCAUCACCGGAUACUCCAGGAUUGUUGCACCUAUGACGAGAUUACAAUCGCCRAAGGUGCCAUUCGUAUUCGAUGACGACGCACACCGGUCAUUCCAAGCACUCAAGACGGCCAUGCUCAUGGCACCCGUCCUUAGCAUCUAUGACCCCACCCUGCCGACGAGAGAGACUACGGACGCUUCCGGCUAUGGCAUUGGGGCAGUCUUGGAACAGCACGACGGCGACGACUGGCACCCUGUGGAGUAUUUCAGCCACAAAGUGCCUCCCAUCAACUCGCUUGAUGAUGCAAGGAAGAAGGAGCUGCUUGCGUUCGUGAUGGCUCUCAAGCGAUGGCGGCACUUCCUCCUUGGGCGUCGUAGGUUCACAUGGGUUACGGACAACAACCCACUGACUUACUACAAGACGCAGGAUACGGUGAGCAGCACGAUCGGACGAUGGAUGUACUUCAUCGACCAAUUUGACUUCACACCGAAACAUCUUCCCGGCCUCUCCAAUCACGCAGCAGAUGCACUCUCGCGAAGACUUGAUCUUUGCGCUAUGACACAUCAUGCCUUCGCAUUCGACGAGGAGCUCCAACGACACUUCAUCAGGGGUUAUGAGUCCGAUCCAGACUUCGCCACGCUAUAUGCGCAGCUAUCUUCGGAUCACCUGCUGGCCAGCCACUAUCGCAUCGCCGAUGGGUACUUGCUCCUGCACUCGCGGGGCAAGGACUUACUAUGUGUCCCACGCGACCGCCAUCUUCGGACUCGCCUCCUCGGCAAGUAUCACGAUUUGCAACUCGCCAGCCAUUUUGGAGUCAACCGCACUAUUGUACGGCUUCGACAACGAUUCCGAUGGCCCGACCUCAUCACCGACAUCACGAGGUAUUGCGACUUUUGCGAAGUUUGCCGAUGAAGCAAACCCCGCAACCGCAACCCCUACGGCGAG